AGCGCGACGCACUAGUGGUGGCUUGAGUUCAUGCAGUGUUAGCGGCGUGACCCCGAAGAUUUAGUUGUGUUUUUGUCUUAUUAUUACUUGAAGCUAAUCGACUUACAAUUAAGAAUGGAAGGAAACGCAAAUACACCAUCUGGACCGCCAGCUCAGAAGAGGUUUAAAAUGGCUAACGGAGGCGCAAAGAGAAGGCAGCCGCAGUAUUCUGCAGACAUAGUGUUCACCUCUAAAGGAGGCACUAUCCAGACUAUCCCCUCUCUCACCAAACAGCUCAAAGGCAUCACUGAGCCCAUCAUUGGUCUCCAGUUCGUAUGGGAGUAUCGCAGCCCCAGCAAGGCUGUGCCUCCACACUACCAGUGCAAGCUCUGCCAGGUCACACGCCUGCAGAAUGACAUGCUGGCACACAUCAAAGGCUGGAAACAUGGCUUCAGAUACAUGAAGCGGAACCACCCUGAUAAGGUUCCGUAUGAAGAGGAAGCGGCCGUGAAAGACCCUGGAGUGAGGAAGAGCAUCAAAGACAUGGCAGCAGAGGUGGAGAGGACUGAGGAUAGAGGCCAGCUCCGAGUGAUUCUAAAGGAACCCAGUGAGGUUGCUGCCUUCCAAGGACUGCGCUCAGCAAUACCUAAGAUGGCGGCUCCAGCAGGUCCAGGCAUGGGACCACGAGGGCCCCCUCUAGGUGGCAGGUUUCCUGAACCCCUCUACCCAGGGGACUUCCCACCCCAGGGAGGCCUCCUGCCUGACUACCCCAUGGGAGGGCGUGGAGACUUGGGCAUGGGAGGCUACCCUGACCCCCCUCUUAUCCGCUCCACCCCAGGACAGGCCUUCUCAGCGGCCGACAUGGGUCCCAGGCGUUUCCCAGAUGACGGUCAGCGUGUUGGUGGAGGAGCAGAUGGCUUUGGGCUGGGUUGCAGGAGAGAGGGGUUUGGGAUGGGUGGGCUUCUGGGAGAAGCUCCUGGAAGGCGUUACCCAGAAGAGUUCAGGGGCGUUCAGUCAGGAAGUGACCCAGUGGACAGGCCAGGAUUGAUGGGCGCAGCCCCAGAGGGCAGCAACCUGCCCUCCACCCUGCUCAAAUACCUGGAUUCAUUCCGGAUCGAGAAUGAGAGCGAUGCUCAGAUUGUGCUGAAGGUGACCCAGAAGCUGACAGAUGUGUUAAUGGAGUACAGACUCAGGAGCGUGUCCUCCGGGCCCAGUCUGACGAGGAGUUCACCCAUGACCUCUAUGGGAGGUUCCUUCUCCUCCUCCUCCAGGAUGCCCAGCAGCAACGACCGCUUCUCAGCCAGCUUCUCUGGGAACACUUCAGGUCCAUCCAGGUACUCUGAUGGUCCGUCUAGGUUCUACAACUGACAUCACUUCCCUGGUGUGUCAUCACUCCACCAUGGGUGUGGAAAACUACAGCAGUCGACUCCCACAUACACCCAGAGAGAAGAGGGGGGGCCAGUAAGAGGAGUUAAAUGGGCCAUCAAUUUGAGCUUUGAUUCCUUCUAAACACCAUGAUGUUGUAAAAUUGUGUAAUUACAAGUUAAAAGUAGAUUUUAGUUAGUUUUAUUUUUUUUGUAAUGAAAAGGUUGGACCAAAUCUGUAGCUCUGAGGUAUUUUACUUUUUAACACUGUCAGUUUACAUUGUUUUGACAUUUUUAACUUGUGAUCUGUAAAAGGUUGAUGACUGUAUGCAGAAUGAAAAGAUCCAUGUUCAAAACUUUGUAUAGAAACAGCUUUCUACUUAACUGGUCUCAAUAAAAGUCUCAACUGUCA